AAUGAGGCAAAAAUAGAAUCGCGCGUUCAAGAUUUGGUGGAGAAGAGCCAAAAUCGGCAGCCAUCAAUUUACCACAGAAUUAAAAGAAUGCAUUUUUCGAAUGUCAAGCUUUUUGCAAUUUAAAGGAAAGCCAUAUUAUCUCUUCACCGACUCAGCACGUGAACCUGAAUGCCUAAAUCUUAUGAAACAUCGAUUUUUUAUAGUGGUUGUGCAAUGUCGACAUAUGCCCUUCAUAUCUCAUCAUCACAUUCAUAGCUUCUUCAACACACCUAACAUAUUGCAGGCCUUAACAUUUAAUCUGACUGGCGUUCUUGAUCUACUCCUCGAUCCUAUUGUUCUCUCUCUUCUCCUGGUCGAAGGAUAGCUUUUCACAAAAUGUCUUCUCCCAGCAAAAGGCGUGAUAUGGAUGUCAUGAAAUUAAUGAUGAGUGACUACACUGUGGAGCCCAUAAAUGAUGGCAUCAACGAGUUCAAUGUGGAAUUUCAUGGCCCAAAAGAAAGUCCAUACGAAGGUGGAGUUUGGAAAGUUCGCGUGGAACUUCCCGAUGCUUAUCCUUACAAAUCACCUUCGAUUGGGUUCGUCAACAAAAUCUUCCACCCCAAUGUUGACGAGCUGUCAGGUUCGGUAUGCUUGGAUGUCAUCAACCAGUCGUGGAGUCCAAUGUAUGAUCUGUUGAAUGUGUUCGAGGUUUUCCUCCCCCAGCUUCUUCUCUAUCCUAACCCUUCGGACCCACUCAACGGUGAUGCCGCAUCUCUGAUGAUGAAAGACAAAGAGCAAUACGACCAAAAAGUCAAGGAGUAUUGUGACCGGUAUGCAAAGAAGAAUCAUGCCGAUAAUAGCACGAGUGAUAGUGAUGAGGAAGUGAGCGACAACGAGGCCUACAGUGACGGGCGGAGUGAAAGCGAGGACGAAGUGGCGGGGCAUGCGGAUCCUUAGGUGGCAAAACCAGUGAUCCAUUGCUUUGUUAUAAUUAACUGUAUCAUGAAUGGUUACUAUAGUGUGCAGGUGGGGUGGUAUGAAUAUCCAUUUGAGUUCCAAAUUUCUAGUUUUAUUACUCAACUUGGAUGUAAUGCUUGCACAAUCAGACUUACUACUGUCUGAUGUUGGGCUGUAUCUAUCUAUGUUUUUAUUUACGGCGUAUAUUAGUGUGACAGAUUUGGACAUUUGCAGGUGGAAAGAUGCCCUUUUCCGGAA